CAGCGAGCGUGGAAGCAUCCUGCUCGAGGCCGGCGGCGGCGGCGGCGGCGUCGUAGGCAGCAUCGAUUCCUCACACGGCCACAGCGCGAGGCGCCUGCACCGCAAUCGACGUCCCAGACCUCUCCCUCCGUCGAACGUUCCCGUCGCCUCGUCGCCUCUGCGAGGAGGGCACAUGGCCUCGCCACCCCCACCCCUCACCCCUCCGCCACCCAUCACACCCAUCGACGAAGAACCCGAAGGCGGCAGCGCCGGGCCCUCAUCUUCACACGGCUACCUCUCUCCCACAGACGCUCCCUUCCACGCGCCACCCAACAUGCACAUCCCCGCAUCGCCACCGGGCGAGGGCGAGGCGUCUGCCUCCGCCUCCCGCUCGCCCACACGCUCGCUCUCACCCAGCCGACGCUCAGGUGCGAACCCGUUCAUUCCCGAGCCCAGGCGUCAGAGCUCCUCUACUCACGAUGGCCGGCCAGAUUCAGAAUUGGGCCCCGUGCAGGUGCAGCACCUUCCUCUGCCUGACUCUCCCAGCACGCCGGGGAACCCGCCGACGCCUAAUCUCCGCGAUAUUCAUUUGCAGUCGCUGCCCCCCUUCUCUUCCUCCUCCGGCUCCGCGUCCACCUCGGCCUCCGCGCGCGAGGGCGACGAGGACGCGGAGCUGCUCGGGCACGAUGAGGCAGCGGCGGCGGCGGGGCUGAGCAGGAGAGAGCCGCCGGCGUACUCCCCGCUCGACGCGUACACCUACUCGGAAGGCGUGCACAUCGACCUGCCCGCCGAGCUCAUCUCCGCCGCGCUGGAGCGGGGCACGAUUCCGUCCGGCGCCCUGAACCCCUUGCACGGCCGCUCGCGCUCUGAGCGACGACGGAGUCGGCGACGCGGGAACCCGUCAUCGUGAUGGACGCUGGGAGGUUCCGGCGCUUGCUUGUUUACAAAUUUAUGUACGGUGCGAUCGCGUUGGGUCCUCGCCCGCCGUGGCUGACGCGCCGUUGUUGUUGUCGCUGUUGUAGUGUGUCCGAGCCGCUGCCUGCUCCGUGUAGUUUUUUUUUUUACACCCCUCGCUGUCUACAGUUCAUUUAUAUUUGUUUUUGGAGGCUACUCACUUGGCGUCGAGCGGCAUCAUGUAUUAAGGAUCCCCGGUCAAUCCAGUCUGUCACGGCACCGCUUAGUAUAUAUAGAACACGCUAAAGCGAACACUCGCCUUUGGCCGUGGUCGUCCGGGCGAGUCUCGUACUAGAUGACUUGGCUUUUGGAUACAUCGUACAUCCUAAGUAUAUUUC